GUCAUCAGUCAAGUCGACAAAACAAAAACCACUGUGUUCAUUGUUCAAAACAAACACAAAACGCAAUCAACAAAAUAAUAAAACGUUGCAAAAGUUGAUGAUAUUAAAGUGAAUUUACUUAAUAAUUACUUAGGUAGUGUGAGUUAUCUAUUUGAAGUCAAAAUGCUAAAAGACGAUUUACAAAACUUCGAGCAGAAUCUGUACAAAUAUUUAGUGGCAGAGGAGGAAUGUACCAUGGGUCUCUUAGUGAAGAAACACUCCAGUAACUUACAAACUAAAGGCGACUUCAGUUUUCUCAACGCUGCGAAACCGUGGCAAGAGUUUUUGUUCCCUGAACAAACAGAACGCUUGAAUGAGACGCUGUUGAAAUGCGUUAACAAAGAUAUUGCGGGAUUGAUAGACACGUCAAAAGAUUGGCCAAUACCGAUAGUGAAAGCUGAAGAAGUAAAAGAUCGAAUACAUUUAUUCAUAGACAGGCAAAAAUCAAUUCGUUUAGGGUUUCAAAACGCUACUAAUAAUAUCGCAGUUCUGUUACAAAGAAUAAGCAUAGAUACUCCAGUGAUUAAAAUCGACCCUUACUGCGAGAAUUCAAAUUCCUUAGCAUUUUUAAGAUUAAAGUGUUUAAAAGAGGUUUUAAAGAAUUUAUAUCUCAUCCAUACCUAUCCUAAAGAACAGAAUUUAAUAAUUGUAGUCACAUGGAGAUCUGAGUGUGAUCAUUACCAACCAUAUAGUAAUGUGCAUUACAUAUUUUGUGGCCCAGUACUAAAUAAUCAGACUGGAUUAAAAGAGAAAACAAUUACAGCAUCUGAAUUUAUAAAACAAAGACAAGAUGAGUUAACGUUAAUUGCAAAACACCGAUAUGGUAUAAGGGAGUCAAUGGAGGAUAAAUGCAAGGAGUUCAUAGCACACAUGGGGCAGUCUGCCGUUACAUUUGAGCUCUUGCAGACCAAGUGUGGUAGCCCUGUGAAAAUUGCGUCUUGUUCUUCAGGAGGGCCCACUAAAGGACCUGCAUUCAUUCUUUACAACUGUGCACGAUUGGAAACUUUGAUUCGUACGUUCAAUGAGAAAGUUGUGGAAGGAAUUUAUCCACCACUCCCUAGUUUAGAGAAUACUGACUUAACAUUAUUAACUGAUAAGGAUGAAUGGUGCCUCAUAUUUACAUACAUAAUGGGCCUCCCGUCGCUCCUCAAAGCCAGUUUCAACCUGAAAGAGGAUCCGAGAGAAUAUGAUGAAGGGAUCUGUGUGUUCCGACCACACUUCAUUUGUAACUUCCUGAGCAGUAUGGUCAAAGCGUUCAGCCAAUAUUAUAGGAGGGUGAGGAUCUUAACGGAACCUCGCAAGCACCUGCUACCAGUCAUGUUCGCUCGGAUUCACAUGUUAAUAAUAUUAAACGACACUUUAAAACUAUGUUUAAGAAUAUUAAACAUUAAAAGCGUUUCACAAAUGUAUGAAAGUUGUUUUUUUCCCUAAUCCCAUACCUCUAUCGUGUUUUCGUAGAUAAAUGAAUGA